AUGUUGCAGAACCAUGUUUCUACCCGCAUUCAUUCUACUGCGGUUGUGCAUGAGUGUUCGGCUUCUAAUAUCCACCCGAGGCGGGCUUGGUCUCUGCCUCAUACCCAUUCCCAUCCGCGGAGUAUCCACCCCCCGAUGUCACGGGGGCUUCCGGCGCCUCAUAUGUCGCCGGUUGCGGUGUAG